AUGACCGAUUUCUUUAAUAUAUCUAUUAUAACACGUCAAGGCUUCAAUUUGCCUCCGGAGAGCAUCCUCCCUGUAUUCCUCUUUGCAACACUGGGAUACCUGAUAAUUCUCUUCUGCAACCUCACCCUACUGAGCACCAUCAUUCUCAAUAAGAGUCUUCACCAACCUAUGUACAUUCUGCUUUUAAACUUACCCAUUAAUGAUCUUAUUGGCUCUACAGCCCUGUUUCCACAAAUUAUUAAUGAACUCUUAUGGGAUACUAGGACAAUUACAUUUUCAACCUGUAUAACUCAAGCUUUUUUUAUACAUAUUUAUGCAACUGGUGCAGUGUUUGUUUUGGCUGCUAUGGCAUAUGACCGAUAUGUGGCCAUAUGCUGUCCUAUGAGAUACAACACAAUCAUGAAUAAUAUGCGCAUGGUGAGUCUCAUCUCCAUAGUCUGGCUCUCUAAUAUAUUUAUAAUAGGCAUGCUUUUUAUCCUUCUUCUGCGCUUGCCAUUUUGCAGAUCUUUUAUGACUCACACAUACUGUGAUAAUCCCUCUUUGCUCCAGCUGGUCUGUGCAGACACAACUAUAAACAAUAUAUAUGGAUUAAUGACUGUAGCUGUAACUCAGGCAAUAACACUAAGUGUAAUUUUAUUUACAUAUAUUCAAAUCCUUAUAGCCUGUUUUAGAAACAAAGGAUCAGAUACACGCAGCAAAGCACUUCAGACGUGUGCCACACACUUGAUAAUCUUUCUUUUGUUUGAAUGUUUGGGUCUUUUCACAAUUAUUUCUUACAGAUUAACAAAUAUUUCACCCCAUUUAAGAAAAUUCAGUGGAGUGGCAUCUAUGAUUUUGCCUCCAACAUUGAAUCCUAUUAUAUAUGGCCUAAAAACAAAGGAAAUCAGAAAAUCACUCCUG